AUGGCCGUCUCCAGAGACGCCACGGCUGUGGUGACAGCGACUGCGAGGAGACUCACGCCUGCGACCUACUGCGAGGGAUGUCACGAAGUGGCCUAUCUGCAGCUCACCGUCCCUUCGAACUUCGCCAGAGUCACGAGAAUCACCGUCAAUGUGACCUCCCAUGAUCAAGGCUUCAGUAGCCACGAAAACCCAGUAUGCGGGAGCUUCUUCCAUGUUGCAAUCGUUGCACCAGAAGGUCAUUUUCGCCAGCGAUGGCACGCGUUUCAAAACAGGAUUGCCAACCCCAAGCCAUUCACCCAAACUCGGACGUGGCCCGGUGAUGCCUUGGAGAAGUUUGCCGUUCGCACUAUCAGAGUGAAUGAUACUAUUCAAAUCCUGCCGCAAACUCAUUUCGUUGCUUGGAGAAACAACGUCUUGAAAGCGAAUAUCGAGAUUUUUGGCGAGGUAUCAGCAUCUUCGAGAGGUCCUGUCAGUCCUUUGGAAAGCUACGCCAACUAUAUGCCCCAGGCGCUAUAUGCACCUUUGAAAGAAAAGGAGAUUCGUGUUCUGCGACUACUUGACGGAGAGCCAGGAAGCACAAUUGGCUGUACCUUGGAACACAUGCAACUUGUCUCGGUCGAACAUCUGCAAUUCGAGGCUCUGUCCUAUUGCUGGGGCGAUGCUUUAGACCUCAGAACGAUUGAAGUCUCCGGUCGGCCAUUUCAGGUCACGGCGAACUUGCACAGAGCUCUACUGCGACUGAGAUCAAGCACAAAGAUGUUUCCUCGGGUUUUGUGGAUUGAUGCUAUCUGCAUCAACCAGAGCGACGAACAAGAGCGCUCUGUGCAAGUGGAGAUGAUGAAAGAAAUAUAUUCUGCGGCAUCGCAAGUCAUCGUGUGGCUGUCAGACUUGAUGCUCUCGCCUGACGACAUGUCGAACAUGCGAGAGAUAUUCGACGUCAACAACGAUGAAUCGUCAUCCGGCUACCCAGAGCCUUCAUUAGAUAAGAUGUCUCCUCUCGAUCGGGAGACGCUGUGGAAAGGAUUGCCUCAAGUAUACGGUCAGGCCUCCUCUGCCCUCUUCAAGAAUGAAUGGUUCAACAGGGUCUGGGUGCUCCAAGAGGUCUUCAACGCGAAGAAAGCCAUUGUAUUCUGUGGUGAUCGAGCCCUCUCUUGGACUUCAGUACUUCAGGCGGACGAGGGCGUACACCGCUCGCAGUCCUCUAUGCAUGACUACCAAACGAUGAUGUCGACUUUGUUCUCAGACGUUUUCGAAUUGACAAUGUCAGAUAAUGCUUCGGCACCGAAACGCUUUGGCUACCGGCGAAAGCCACCGACGGCGGAUGUGCUGGACAUCGUCAUCGCCGGUCUCGAGCUUGAUGCAACAGAUCCGCGCGACAAGCUAUACGCCCUGUUGAGCUUGAUCCCAUCAUCUUCAAACACUGCCCUGCGUCCAGACUACACCAAAGCCGUAGGCGACGUACUUCGCGAAUUCACCCGGUGGUGGAUCUCUUCAAGACGGUCAUUGCGCAUCUUUUCUGCGAUUCAUUGCUCUGUAGGACGAACCUGGCAAAAGCUGUCGCCACUUCCUCCUAGCAGCUCCAGCUCGGAACGAUCAUCGUGGUCUCUGUGGUAUGACGGCAAGAGUAUUUGGGGCCAGGCUACACUAGGCUUGUCGCCAACAACCACCUAUCGCGCAUCAAGGGAAACAAUCCCUGACGAGACAUUGCUGUCGCAGACCAACAACGCGUCGAAAAGUAUAUUCUUGAGAGGCUUCACAAUCGACAUUCUCGACAGCAUCGUACCGUUUCCGUACUAUAGCGCUAUCCAGCCUACAUCGCCACACGCGACCCUUCGCAGACCAUACGAGAGACUCUUCGAUCCUGUAGGGCAUGUAGCCGUCUUCCAUACUGGCUCGCCCAGUCGAGUGCACGGCAUAGGGACAUACUUGGAUGCGCCAGAGACGGAAAUGCCAGGUCUCGUAGACCAUCUGCGUACGCACGAGGGAUAUGCGCAGAUCACUGGAGGUGCAAUCAAAUGCCAUCCUCCCUGUUUCUUCACCACAACAACUGGUAUCAAAGGAUUGUGUCCUCACACUGCGCGAGAAGGCGACCUGGUUGCUGUGUUGAAUGGUGGUAAGGUACCAUAUCUUCUUCGGCGUUGCGAAGACGAUGGCCCUGGUGAUGGUUCAUCUUCGCCCGAGAUUGCUCAACGACAGCCAUUUCAACUGGUUGGCGAAUGCUAUCUGCAAGGGUAUAUGGACGGCGAAGCAAUGGACGAUCCAAAGGCUGGGACCGAGAUCUUCGAGCUGAUCUAA